AGAGAGAGAGAGGACAGGAAGGUUUGGAGGGGCUACGCUGAACAGGGGCUGGGUCAGAGCGCUCUGUCGCUUCAGACAAUCACAGGAGAGAGGAGGAGAGAGAGCAAACAGCGGGAGAGAGAGAGGAGGAGAGAGAGAGGAGGUAGAUAUGUGACAGGAUGUGGUUUCCCUGAGCUCGCGGAACAUAGCGGAGGCAUACUUUGAGCAUGACCUAAACGCACGGCAGACGAAGUAUUCGCUGCGCACCGUUAGCUGGUGAGCCUUAGGCGAGGAUAGAACAAACUGCCGGAGCCACUGAGCUCAUCCACUUCAGUGUUAUUGCUGUCUUUUUCACUCUGAUGCCAAAAUCCUCUGUUGGAGAGGACCUAAGUGAAACAUUGUGGAGGAUCGUGGACUCUGUGUUGUUUUUCUGUCAGUAGAAUGUGUGUGCCGGUGAGAGAAGUCGGUCCAGUUGCUUUCUCUUGAUCUCAACAGGGAACUUUCCAACUCCUCUAUAAACUGCUUCUUGUCAGUGUAGGUUUCACUCACUCUGGGGAGAUGGGCUGUGGACUGCGGAAACUGAAGUCUUCAGAGGAGAGCAGUCCAGGGAAGAUCUACUCCACCCUGAAGAGACCACAGGUGGAGACCAAGGUGGGCGUGGCCUACACAUACCACUACGUGGACUUCCUUGUGGGGAAAGACGAUGGCUCCUCCACACUCUGCCUGUCGUCUGUGCGGGAGCUCCCAGGCCAACUGCAGGACCUUUACCAGCAAGGCUUCUCCCUGGCUGCUGUUCACCCCUUCAUUCAUCCCUGCGACCCGGACACGGUCAGCCUCCAGCACCGGCUCUACCGGGCUGUGCUGAUCCGCCUCAACGACGGGUUGGAGAGGAGCCUGUCAAGCUGUGCACCCUAUCGCCUGCAGCUGGAGCAGUGUCUGCCUGCCGACCAGGUGCCCACCCCAGAGCUCAUCCAGGGCUACGUCAAGAAGCAGAUCCAGGAUGCUGCAGACCAGGGGGUCGUGUUUGUCGGCUUCAUUCAGGAGCCGUGCGGCAUACGGGGUACCCAGACCAGCGUGCCGGAGACGCCCUCUUUCUCCCUCCACUCCAGCCCCAGCUCCGUCCUGGGCUCCCUGAGCAGCGGCAGCCCGACUACCCCGCGGAUCCAUGGAGCACCGGGGGCCCAGGAGCAGACGAUGGACGCCGGGGCCGCCGGGGGCCAGGGCUCCCCGCGUGACGACGGAGACGGGGGAGGGAAGGGACAGGCGUCGACCGCUGGGGAGAGUGACACUAAAGUGGGCGAAAACAGCGGAGAUGGGGGGUCAUCUCUCACUGUAACACCGUCCGCACACAGCCAGCAAGACCCCAGUCAGGAUCGGAUAGAGGAAGACACACUGACACAUAACAAUAAUAAGACCAAUGCCUUGGAGCUGAAGGAGAAGCCAAGCCGUCACACUGUCGAUGGUGUGGAGCUGUUAGCCCUGUUCAACCAGCCCACAGACCGGGAGGGCCCACUAAAGUACUACACUGUGAAGGUGCCGCUGAGGGUCCAGCUCUGUGAUCAGGGGGUCAAAGGGGUGGAGGCCAACUGGCUGGAUCAUAUGACCCAGCAUUUCAACAACGGAGCCUCCCUCGUCGAUGGAUACUUCCACCUGGGCAGCGACAAUGAUCUGCUGCCCAAAUCAGUGGAAAGCAUCUUCAUCUUCCAAGAAGGAAUGGAAGGCGGAGACCAGACACCCUCUACCAUUUACGACGCCAUUGUUGUAGAGCAAUGGACCAUCAUUGAUGGGUUGCAGGUGAAGACAGACUACGUUCCCCUGCUCCAGUCUCUAGCCAUCUACGGUUGGAGGCUGACCUGUGUUCUUCCCACACCUAUUAUCAAGACUAACAGUGAUGGAAGUAUGGCAACAAAGCAGGUCGUAUUUCUUCAGAGACCUGUCCUUCCCCGCAAGAGAAGGGAAUCCAAGAAACUGAUAUUCAAAAGUCAAAAGUCCAACAAGAACUUGAUUAAAGACGCGCCAAAAAACAAGAAGAAGAAAAACAAGCCGUCAGCUGCAGAGAAAGAUCUGGAAGAUCCCAAGAUUCUUGACGACGGAGAACCGGUGGUCGGAGAGGAGAGCAGACACAUAAAGGAUAAUAAGGGGAACAAAAUGGAGAGAGUGACAGAAACUGAGGUAGAAACUGUGUGUAAACAGGUUGAGGCUCCUUGCGAGGUAGAGGAAGAGAAAGAGGUUGAGGAUGUGUCAGGAAGUGAGGUUGGAACCAGGGAGAAGAAAGAUGGAGCUGCAGGAACAGAUGAUAAGACUGUCAGAGUGGAUGAGGGAGUAGAAGCAGUGCCAGAGAUAGAGCAGGACAGAGAUAAAGAGGGGGAGGCCAAGGAAGCCAGAGAAAAUAGGGUGGCAGUCUUAGAUGAGACAGAAUCUACCAAGUGCUCAGAGGUGGAAGUGGGAAUCACAAGACGGGAAGAGGAGAAAGUGAAGGAAAAUGGAGUUGAGACUGACCAAGUCACAAAUGGAGGGGAAAAGGAUGGAGGAACCGAUAAUGUGGCCGUACAAGAAGACCCAACUGACCAGGAAGAAUAUGCAGCACAAGAGGAGGUACAAAACACAAUUAAGGAGUAUGGACAGGUUAAAUUCACCAACCAAUGCCCCGAAGAGAGCCAAAGGUUGGAUGUGUAAACCUUCUCUUCAGACCACAGCAACCAUCACAGCUACCUAUACAUCAUGUACCCACCAAAUGUCCUAAGCUGAGAUAGGAGGCAUCCACUCACAUAUCCCUCUGUUGCUGUGAUCUCCCACCAUCAGGUCAUUACAGACUGUCUUCUGCAGCACACAUCAAUGGACACAUUUCUACCACAGGGGGACACAACCUCAGACUAAUACUUACACACACUGAAGAUAUGUAACUGAGAAUGUCGAGGAGGUUACCUAAUGUCUAUACUGAAGUCACUGGAUAUAAUGAAGAAGUUGAUGACAGACUUUAACCAAGCCUACCUGCUUGUCCCUUACAGUUUCACUGGGGUAUUAUAUGACGGUGUGCCGCGUGGGUUUAGAUGAGAUGCACUGUGGGAAAUCUAGUGUCUAUUGUUGCGACAGGCAAUCCAAUGUAAAGUGAAAGGAACUUUGUCUACUUUUAGUCCUCAUUGUGAAAUACGACACAUGAUGCUAGUAAUCACUAUGAUUCUAGGUAGCUAUGAUUGGUUGACCUUGCAUUCCAAAUGUGUCAAUAUCCAAGCUAGGAAAAGGUUUAUUGUGUGGGAUGUGGGUUGAGUAAAAUUGAAGUGAGUUGAGAACCAUAUUAGGAAAAAAAAUUGACAUCAUUAAGAAUUUUCACCCGUUGGUCAUAAAAAAAACGCUAUGCCAGUAUGGAGGCAAAGUUAUGGGCAGGGCCAUGAGUAGAUGUUCACAGACAAAAAUAUACGGAGAAAUAAAAAAAAACAAUAGCCUUGUUUGAAAUAGCCAUGUUUGAUUGGUAAUUUUCUAUUGACAUUUACUUUAAUAUUUCACCUAAUUCUUUCUGGUCCCUCUUAACAGCAUAAUUUCUGACGGUAACAAAAUAAAAUGUAUUCUGUCA